UUCCUGCAGGAAUUCUACAGCCACCGUUAUAUAGCAAAGAUCAACCCAAAUCAAUGAAUUAUGGUGGAAUAGGUUCAGUGAUCGGACAUGAACUAACUCAUGGUUUUGACGAUCAAGGCAGACAAUUUGACAAAGAUGGUAAUCUAAGACAAUGGUGGGAUGAUUCGGUUAUUGAAAAAUUUAAAGAGAAAUCCCAAUGUUUGAUUGACCAGUAUAGCAAAUUUUACGAACCAGUUUCCGGUUUAAAUGUAAAUGGUAUAAACACACAAGGAGAGAAUAUAGCUGAUAAUGGGGGAGUGAAACAAAGCUACAUGGCAUACAGAAAAUGGGUGGAGCAACGUGGGAGCGAGGAGCCUACAUUACCAGGGCUUAAUUUUACAAAUAACCAAUUGUUCUUUAUCAACUGGGCUCAGGUUUGGUGUGAUAACACACGGAAGCAAAGUUUUAUCAAUUUGAUAACCACGGGUGUUCAUAGUCCAGAACGAUUUAGAGUAAUUGGAAGCUUGCAAAAUUUCCAAAAUUUUGCUGAUGAAUUUGGUUGUAGAAAGAAUAGCGUGAUGAAUCCAGAGACGAAAUGUUCAGUGUGGUAACAGCGGA